AUGGGGAUAUAUAAGAGUCCUUUGAGCCUCCUUUGUGUGUUUCGAUCUCUCUUUCCUCUGUAUAAUCAAGUCAUUCAUCACAAGCUAUUUACCCUUUUUCUUUUUUUUCCUUUGUUACUAUUACAGUCUUUCUUUCUUUACCCACGGUUCAUGGUAUCAUUGUCUUUCAUCGGAAUUUCAACGCCUCUUUCUCAGUUUAUAACUGCAACUCCAGUUAUCUUUUCAAGCUUGAAUCAUCUCUCUACCGCAAUCUCUAGAAGAGAUCGCAGCCUCAGCUCUUACAAACUUACCUCCUUCUUUUCCCUUAUUUUUUCCUUUUCUUCUUUUUUCCUUUCGACCUUUGCUGGUCGAAUAUCCCCCGUCGGCAAAAUUUCUUCCUUUUCAGCUUCAACGUCUCCCAUCCCGCAAUAUUCCAAACAUUUCCCUCUCAAGACGGCAAAGCGCACGCGGCCCAAAUUGUCGAUUCAAACUCUACCUCGUGUCAAUAUGGGCUCCCCGCCGGCGCUGGGCGCCCUGGGUGCAAUGUUUACAGCAAUGAGGCUUCUGCAGGCAGUUUGUCUCAUUACAAUCAUUGGCCUCAGUGGAAAUUUUGUCGCGGAGCUGGUCUCUACUUCAGUUUCUACCCCAUCUGCCCUGAUUGGCACACUGGUUGUGGCAUGUCUGGCUAUGGUGUACAUCAUCAUCUCGUACAUCCUAUACUGGGACCACAUGCUUCCUCUUCUCAUUGCAACCGCAGCAGACGGCCUCUGCUUCAUCGCGUCCAUUGUCGUGGCUUGUGUUGUCGGCAGGCCCGUGAGCUACCUCAACUGCAGCGCCUUUCCUCAGCAGGGAAACACUGGCGCCUUUAUUUACUCGCUCUUUGCCAACGUCAAGCAUUCGUCGUCCGAUGUCUUCCAGUGGGCUGCUCCCAGUAAGGCAUCGUGUUACGAAAUCAAAGCAGUCUGGGGCCUGUCCAUUGCAACCUCCAUCUUGUUCUUCAUGUCAGCCGUCGCAGCCAUCUGCCUGUGGAGGCGCAUCAAGGGAGGCACAGACCGCCCUCGCAAGACGACAGACUUUGAAUGA